GGCCAGUUUUUUUAAAACGAGACCUGGAAUAAGCGAACUAAAAUGAAACCAAUAUUAGUGGUGACAGCAUUGUUUGCAUAUGCACUAGCAUUACCUCAAAAUGUGGAUAUUGAAAAAGAAGAUGAAAAAGUACAUGAAAAAGUGGAUGAAGCUAUGUUUCCGAUGGAUCCAACGUCUAUGAUGAUGAUGGAUCCAAUGACUAUGAUGAUGAUGGGAAUGGGACCUGGAAUGAUGGGACCUGGAAUGAUGGGACCUGGUAUGAUGGGACCUGGAAUGAUGGGUCCAGGAAUGAUGGGACCAGGAAUGAUGGGACCAGGAAUGAUGGGACCCGGUAUGAUGGGACCAGGAAUGAUGGGACCAGGUAUGAUGGGUCCUGGAAUGGGGCCUGAAAUGAUGGGACCAGGAAUGCCAGGUUCUGACAAUGACUUCAUUUAUACUGGCCAGGAAAGCUUCCCAAUUGAUUAUAGUCAGUCGUGUUCGGGUAGUUGUAACUGUGGAAUGAUUUGUGUUCCCUGGUUUCCCUGUGGAUGUCAAUGUCCACCUCCUUGUCCUCCAGUAACUGAACCACCCACACAACCUCCAACCGAACCACCCACUCUUCCACCUACAGAACCACCAACUAUCCCACCACCAACAGUUGAACCAGAUGUUCCUACAACAGUGGCUCCUUGUAAUCCAUGCGUCCCAUGCAUGCCUUGCAUGAUUUGGUGGAUGUGUCCGCCAUGUUCAUGUAAUAGCGGUUGUUCAACAACAACCACAGAAGCUACAACAACCACGGCAGCUCCAUUAUUCAAUUGCCCUUGCAUUUGCGCUCCUUGUCAACCAUGGGAGCCUUGCAAUCCUUGUCCAAAUACUUGCCCAUGCAAUAUGUAAAAGCAAAAAGCGAUCACCAUGAAACCAGCUUAUUAAUUCUUGUAAAAUCUUUUUCUCUAAGCAAUAAAUAAAAUUAUUAAUACAGAAAUGCCAACAUUCAAAUAUUUCUUUAAAUCCUUUGAAAUAUUAAAAGUGUUGUUAUAUGUAUCUGAUCCAAA